CUGCGCGCCGGCCUCGUUUAGUCUCGCCGCUCGCCAUGAACGCGGAGAGCUUCCAGGCCGGCGAGAGGUUGGUGAACGCGGCCUACAUGCGGCAGGGAUCGCAGAGCCGCCGCGCGCACGAGCUGCGGGUCCGGACGCUGCUGGAACAGGGCAAAUGUCCUGAAGUUGGAUGGGAUGAAAGCACAAUUGAACUCUUUCUUCAUGAACUUGCAAUUAUGGAUAGCAAUAAUUUUCUGGGCAAUUGUGGUGUGGGCGAAAGAGAAGGAAGAGUCGCAUCACAGCUGGUCGCUCGUAGACAUUACAGAUUGAUUCAUGGGAUUGGAAGGUCAGGAGAUAUAUCUGCUGUCCAACCAAAAGCGGCAGGCUCCAGUCUCUUGAACAAAUUGACUAAUUCAGUUGUCUUGGAUAUUAUAAAGCUUGCUGGUGUCAAGACAACAAGUAGCUGCUUUGUGGUUCCCAUGGCAACUGGCAUGAGCCUCACCUUAUGUUUCUUAACGCUGCGGCAGAAGAGACCAAAGGCAAGAUACAUCAUCUGGCCCCGUAUAGACCAGAAGUCCUGCUUCAAAUCAAUGAUUACUGCAGGUUUUGAGCCAGUGGUGAUAGAAAAUGUUUUAGAAGGUGAUGAACUGCGUACAGAUCUCCAGGCAGUGGAAGCUAAAAUCCUGGAUCUUGGGGCUGAUAAUAUUCUCUGUGUUCAUUCUACUACAUCAUGUUUUGCUCCAAGGGUACCUGACAGAUUGGAGGAACUGGCUGAGAUUUGCACGAAGUAUGACAUCCCCCACAUUGUCAAUAAUGCAUAUGGAGUUCAGUCUUCCAAAUGUAUGCACCUCAUUCAACAGGGAGCCAGAAGAGGCAGGAUAGAUGCCUUUGUGCAAAGUUUGGACAAAAAUUUUAUGGUUCCAGUAGGUGGUGCUAUCAUUGCUGGCUUCAGUGACUCCUUCAUACAGGAAAUCAGCAAAAUGUAUCCAGGAAGAGCCUCAGCCUCUCCUUCAUUAGAUGUGCUCAUUACAUUGCUGAGUUUGGGCACAAAAGGAUAUCAACAACUGCUAAGAGAAAGAAAGGAAAUGUUUUCCUACCUUGCAAACGAGGUGAAAAAAUUAGCAGGAAGCUACAAUGAAAGAUUGUUGGAUACACCUCACAAUCCUAUCUCUCUAGCCAUGUCACUCAAAGAGCUAGAUGAACAAAACCCUGAAGCUGUUACACAGCUUGGAUCAAUGCUUUUCACCAGACAAGUUUCUGGAGCAAGGGUGGUUUCCCUUGGGACUCUGCAGACUGUGAGUGGAUACACUUUCAAAGGAUUUAUGGCCCAUACAGACAAAUACCAGUGCUCGUACCUCAAUGCUGCUUCAGCCAUUGGAAUAAAGAAAGAAGAUGUAGAUGUGUUCUUGAAAAGGCUUGAUAAAUGUGUGAAGGCUCUAAGAAAAGGAAAGGACCAGAAAGAUUCACCUGUGAUGAACAUAGAUAUUGAUUCUGAUAUGGAAAAAUGCAACAUAGAAGAAGGAGAUAUUCAACAUUACUAGAUUACUAAAACUUACUAAAAUUACUAAAAAUUAUUUCCAGCUUAGAAUGUUUUUUAGUAGAAAAAUAAUCAGAUGUAAAUGAACUCAGGGCACUCUCUUGCUAGACACGUCCCAUUGAAAUGAAUGGAUACCCUGUGGUGCUCACCUACUUGGAUUUACGGAAGAGAUUAUCCUACCUAAAAAGAUUCAUAGAUCACAGAUUUAGAUAUAUUUUAAGCAAAACAAUAGAAGCCCUCCAUUCCACAUAGGAUUCAUAUAAAUCCAUUUUAAAUUUUUGAGAGCUGAGUUGAUCAUCUCAAAACUUUUUCAGAGGAAUUGGGACAGUCACACAUCAUGAGGAAAGAGAAGUAGAGUUCAUUCAUUAGCCUGGCAUUCAGCAGCAACUGACAUUGUGUGGCUACCCUUCUGCAUGUUAUCUGCUAUUUUUCAAACGAGUUCUUUGUAAAUUCUGUAGUUGGGUAAUGCCUUUAUUAGGACCAAAUAUGGUGGUACCUGCUGGCAACUCAUUAAAGCAGCCGCAUCUUUUUCCAAGGUUGAAUGGCAGCCUGGGGGAAGACCCAACAAGCUUUAAGGAAUUGCAUGCUGGUUCUGUUUGUGCCUCUGCCUUCUUGGAACCGAAUCCAAACUGCUGUGGAGCCCCAAUUACCUGUCGACAGAGAAGACAGAGACAGGGUUCACAUGCAUGCCCAACACACUUUUAACCCUUGUUUGAGUGAACUUGGUAAAAGCAGGCUUCUUAUGUAUAUUAUUUAUAUAUAAAGCAGUAAUAUUCAUUGAUAAAUAAAUGGAACAGUCCUAUCAGUGCUGUCAGAAUCGCAAAGCUAUGCUCAGAUGAGGAAGCUGUACCUCUUGUUGUUCCAUUCUUUUUUAUGGAAAAAAGCCCUCAUUUGUUUUGAGCCCUCUUCUACAGGAUUACAUGGAAUGUCACACUUAUCUCACUAAGGCGUCUACUUCACCAAAAUCAUUUAGCCAUAUUUCAAUUCCUACUCUGUCCUUAAAUUAUUCAGAAAGCAAGUCCCAACUGGUGAAGUUCUGCCAGUGGGCACAAAACAAAAAUAAAACUUAACAAAAACUAUGCAAAAUUAUUCUGUGUACCAAAGAAUCCCUUGAUUUGUUAACAUUAAGACUGUUCAAUCUGAUUUACCAUUGAUUGCUUCGCACAUGACCACUCUCAAAUGAUGUCAGCUUUAGGUUUGGUUUCUCUUCAGAUCAUAUAAAUUAAAACUAAUUUACCUUU